AUGAUCGAUAACAAUGAAUACGAUGACGUGUUUUGUGUGGGAACUUCAGAGAUAUCGAAUGAAAUUCAAUGUCAAGUCGGCGGCAUUGUCACAACAGUAAUUAUCGAUUCUGGAUCUAAGUAUAACAUAAUGGAUUGUAAGACAUGGCACAAGUUGAAAGCUAAGAAUAUUCAAACAAUUAAACGCGAAAAGAAAAACCACAAAAUAUUCAAAGCAUUUGGUGGUCAAGUACUAACAAUGUUAGGGGUGUGCGAAGCUGUUAUUGCAAUAAAUGGUAGGCAAGUAAUUGCGGCUUUUUAUGUCGUAGAUAGAGGAGAAAAAUUCCUGUUGGGACGAGACACUGCAACAGCACUAAGAGUACUUAAAAUUGGAGAAGCUAUUGAUCAUUUCGACGUUAAGGGUGCACCGAAACAAUUAAGCAAAAUGAAAGGUAUUAUGGUCGAGAUUCCAUUGAAAGCCGAUGUUAAACCAGUGAUGCAGCCGUAUCGUCGAAUUCCAGCAGCAAUACAGAUGAAGGUUGACACUAAGAUUAACGAAUUAUUGGCGCAAGGAAUAAUUGAAAGGGUAAAUGGUCCAUCUAAAUGGAUUUCUCCAAUGGUUCCAGUUGCAUAG